AUGUCGGACGCCUCCAAGUAUACGGUCGGCUGGAUCUGCGCGCUUCCUACUGAGUUCGACGCAGCACAGGCCUUCCUAGACGAAGAGCACGACGACCAGCCCGCAGUCGCUCAAAAUGACAACAACAACUACGCCCUAGGCCGAAUCGGUAAUCAUAACGUAGUAAUUGCUGUUUUGCCGGAUGGAGAGUAUGGUACGAGUGCUGCUGCUGCAGUGGCGCGGGAUAUGCUCCACAGCUUCCCAAACGUGCGUAUUGGACUCAUGGUCGGCAUUGGUGGCGGCGCGCCUACGAAGCAUGAUAUACGGCUUGGCGACGUUGUGGUUAGCAGUCGCGAUGGAGGCAAAGGUGGUGUCUUCCAGUACGAUUUUGGCAAGGCUAUCCAGAACCAAGAUAUACCUUUCGAGCAUACCGAUUUCCUAGACCAACCACCCACAGUAUUGCGAACAGCUGUCAGCGCACUGAAGAGUCGAUACAAGAGGAAAGGCCAUCAGCUGAAUACCGCUAUUGACAAGGCCUUGGAUCGAUGGCCUCGGCUGCGGGAGGAAUAUUCGCGGCCACCGUUAGAAAGCGACAGGCUCUACCGAUCUGAAAUCAUCCAUCCAAACUCGCCAGAAGGAUGUGACGCCAUAUGUGGUGACGAUCCAACCUAUCUGGUAGGUCGGAACAAACGAGGUGAACAUAGCGACGAUCCUGCAAUCCACUAUGGAUUGAUUGCUAGUGCGAACCAGCUCAUGAAGGAUGCUAGCAUCCGGGAUAAGUUAGCAACUGAAAAGGGCGUCCUUUGCUUCGAGAUGGAGGCGGCCGGCCUAAUGAACCAUUUUCCAUGUCUGGUGAUCCGCGGAAUAUGCGACUAUUCCGACUCGCAUAAGAACAAACAAUGGCAAGGCUUUGCAGCGAUGACGGCAGCAGCAUACGCGACGGAUCUCCUGCGCCAGAUCCCACCCAACAAGGUUGAGGCUGAACGGAGGAUCGCCGAUGUUUUAAGUCUACUUCAGGAAGAUGUCGAUCGCAUGCAGCGGGAUGUGAGUGAAACCAAGGCUGUUGCGACAACCACCAGAAAUAAUCAGCAUCUCGACAAAGUACGUCGGUGGCUGUCGCCAUCAGACCCAUCAAGCAACGCCUCAAUGGCGAGAGAACGUAGGCACGCCGGCACUGGAACCUGGCUUUUGGAAAGCACUACCUUCAAUGAGUGGGAGGCCGGAAAGCGUCGGCAUCUGUGGCUCUAUGGCCUAGCAGGAUGUGGCAAAACAGUCCUGAGCACAACAAUAUUGGAUCAUCUCCAGCAAACAGCUAGUACUCCCACGAUCAUGUUCUUCUUUGAUUUCAACGACGCCAGAAAGCAGACGCUAGACAACCUUGUGCGCUCGCUAGCUUUUCAGCUUUACCAUACGGGGGAUGAGGCUUUAAGGAUACUAGACAGCCUUUAUCAUUCCCACGACGACGGUCGGAGACAGCCUGAUGCUAGUACCUUAUCAGCCUGUAUUGAGUUGAUGAUGCAAAAACUGCAGAAGGUUACUAUUGUUUUAGAUGCUCUCGAUGAGUGUACGACAAGGAGCGAUCUUCUUUUAUGGAUUCGGAGGCUUACUUUAGGUUCGGCUACUAACAACGUCCAAAUCAUUGUAACUGGGCGACCUGAAGCCGAGUUUCAGCGUGAGAUUCCUCAGCUGUUUAAAGACGAUAAUUGUAUGUUGCUCGACAAGAAGGCUGUUGAUGCCGAUAUACGCUCCUACGUGGCCCACGAACUUGAACAAAGGCGUGGUUUUACCGAGAAGAAGCUCCCUCAAGAUCUUUUCGAACAGAUCCGGAUCAAAGUCGGAGAUGGGGCCGACGGGAUGUUCAGAUGGGCAGCAUGUCAGCUAGACAGCCUUCUGAAAUGCCUCCAUGUCCAGGCUAUUGAAGAAGCUCUCGAACGCUUGCCUCGCGAUCUAAAUGAAACAUACCAGCGUAUGCUUGAGAAUAUUCCGGAAGAGCUUAAGAGCGAUGCGUUACGCCUCUUACAGUUCCUUAUCUAUUCUAAACGGCCCUUGACAUUAAAAGAAGCAAUCGAUAUCACAGCAACACAGAUUGAAAGUAUAGGACAGCGAAGCUUUAACGUCAAGCGUCGACUUCUUCGUGCUGACGACAUAUUACAAUACUGUCCAAGUUUGACAUCAAUUGCUGAGUUUUCACGUGAUGGUAAGGUUACGAAAGCAAUUCAGCUCGCCCACUUCUCAGUUAAAGAGUACUUGGUGGGGAAAGACCAAUUUCAACUCCCAACUGCCAGCAUUACUAUUACGUGGACCUGCUUGACAUACCUCAAGGACAUCAAGAUUACUGGAACAGUUGAAAGGAUCAAGGCUGAAUUUCCACUAGCCAGACAUGCGGCAGAACUCUGGAUGGAGCAUGCAAAAGAAGGGGAGAUUUCCGAAAGCAUUGUCCAAGAAUCAACAAACUUCUUACAAGAUACCAAAACAUUUCAGUGUUGGGGUCGCUUAUACCAGCCUGAUAGGGAAUGGUACGAGGAUCCAGGACGCCCAAGUGGAUCGAGACUUUACUAUUCCUGCCACGAGGGGCUUCACAAAGUGACAAGGAGCCUAUUGGAACAAGCAGCAGACGUCAACGUACAGGGUGGCACCUUUGGCAACGCUCUCCAAGCUGCCUCAGCUAGAGGCCACCAAGAGAUCAUACAGCUUCUUCUCGAGAAAGGAGCCGACGUCAACGCACAGGGUGGCUUGUAUGGCAACGCUCUCCAAGCUGCCUCAGCUGGAGGCCACCAAGAGAUCAUACAGCUUCUUCUCGAGAAAGGAGCCGACGUCAACGCACAGGGUGGCAGGUAUGGCAACGCUCUCCAAGCUGCCUCAUCCGAAGGCCACCAAGAGAUCAUACAGCUUCUUCUCGAGAAAAAAGCAGACAUCAACGCACAAGGUGGCUUGUAUGACAACGCUCUCCAAGCUGCCUCAGCUGGAGGCCACCAAGAGAUCAUACAGCUUCUUCUCGAGAAAGGAGCCGACGUCAACGCACAGGGUAGCUACUAUGGCAACGCUCUCCAAGCUGCCUCAUAUGGAGGCCACCAAGAGAUCGUACAGCUUCUUCUCGAGAAAAGAGCCGACGUCAACACACAGGGUGGCAGGUAUGGCAACGCUCUCCAAGCUGCCUCAUAUGGAGGCCACCAAGAGAUCAUACAGCUUCUUCUCGAGAAAGGAGCCGACGUCAACGCACAGGGUGGCUACUUUGGCAACGCUCUCCAAGCUGCCUCGAUUAGAGGCCACCAAGAGAUCAUACAGCUUCUUCUCGAGAAAGGAGCCGACGUCAACGCACAGGGUGGCUACUAUGGUAACGCUCUCUAUGCUGCCUCAUCUAAAGGCCACCAAGAGAUCGUACAGCUUCUUCUCGAGAAAGGAGCAGACGUCAACGCACAGGGUGGCGAGUAUGGCAGUGCUCUCCAAGCUGCCUCAUAUGGAGGCCACCAAGAGAUCGUACAGCUUCUUCUCGAGAAAGGAGCCGACAUCAACGCGCAGGGUGGCGAGUAUGGCAGUGCUCUCCAAGCUGCCUCAUAUGGAGGCCACCAAGAGAUCGUACAGCUUCUUCUCGAGAAAGGAGCAGACGUCAACGCACAGGGUGGCAGGUAUGGCAACGCUCUCCAAGCUGCCUCAUAUGGAGGCCACCAAGAGAUCGUACAGCUUCUUCUCGAGAAAGGAGCAGACGUCAACGCACAGGGUGGCAGGUAUGGCAACGAUCUCCAAGCUGCCUCAUAUGGAGGCCACCAAGAGAUCGUACAGCUUCUUCUCGAGAAAGGAGCAGACGUCAACGCACAGGGUGGCAGGUAUGGCAACGCUCUCCAAGCUGCCUCAUCCGAAGGCCACCAAGAGAUCGUACAGCUUCUUCUCGAGAAAGGAGCAGACGUCAACGCACAGGGUGGCGAGUAUGGCAGUGCUCUCCAAGCUGCCUCAUAUGGAGGCCACCAAGAGAUCGUACAGCUUCUUCUCGAGAAAGGAGCCGACAUUAACGCGCAGGGUGGCGAGUAUGGCAGUGCUCUCCAAGCUGCCUCAUAUGGAGGCCACCAAGAGAUCAUACAGCUUCUUCUCGAGAAAAGAGCCGACAUCAACGCACAGGGUGGCUUGUAUGGCAAUGCUCUCCAAGCUGCCUCAUAUGGAGGCCACCAAGAGAUCGUACAGCUUCUUCUCGAGAAAGGAGCCGACGUCAACGCACAGGGUGGCAGGUAUGGCAACGAUCUCCAAGCUGCCUCAUAUGGAGGCCACCAAGAGAUCGUACAGCUUCUUCUCGAGAAAGGAGCCGACGUCAACACACAGGGUGGCGAGUAUGGCAAUGCUCUCCAAGCUGCCUCAUAUGGAGGCCACCAAGACAUCGUACAGCUUCUUCUCGAGAAAAGAGCCGACGUCAACGCACAGGGUGGCGAGUAUGGCAACGCUCUCCAAGCUGCCUCAUAUGGAGGCCACCAAGAGAUCGUACAGCUUCUUCUCGAGAAAAGAGCUGACAUCAACGCACAGGGUGGCGAGUAUGGCAACGCUCUCCAAGCUGCCUCAUAUGGAGGCCACCAAGAGAUCGUACAGCUUCUUCUCGAGAAAGGAGCCGACGUCAACACACAGGGUGGCUUGUAUGGCAACGCUCUCCAAGCUGCCUCGAUUAGAGGCCACCAAGAGAUCAUACAGCUUCUUCUCGAGAAAGGAGCCGACGUCAACGCACAGGGUGGCUACUAUGGCAACGCUCUCUAUGCUGCUUCAUCUAAAGGCCACCAAGAGAUCGUACAGCUUCUUCUCGAGAAAGGAGCAGACGUCAACGCACAGGGUGGCUACUAUGGCAACGCUCUCCAAGCUGCCUCAUAUGGAGGCCACCAAGAGAUCGUACAGCUUCUUCUCGAGAAAGGAGCAGACGUCAACGCACAGGGUGGCAGGUAUGGCAACGCUCUCCAAGCUGCCUCAUCCGAAGGCCACCAAGAGAUCGUACGGCUUCUUCUCGAGAUAGGAGCAGACGUCAACAAACAGGGUGGCGAGUAUGGCAACGCUCUCCAAGCUGCCUCAUAUGGAGGCCACAAAGGGGUUGUCUCGCUCCUUCUGAAUUUAAGCGAGGUAGAUUCAGAAGCCAAAAACCCUCGUUCUGGCAGAACGGCUCUAUCUUACGCCGCAGAGAAUGGCUAUGAAGCCAUUGUAGAGCAACUUAUUACAGUUGCCGGCGCUGACCCUACUUCAGUAGACAAUAUACGCCGGACGCCGUUGUUCUUUGCAUGUAAUGAGGGGCAUAACGCAGUAGUUAAUAUUCUUUUGUUGCACAACGCGGCAGCAUCAGAUUUGAAGGAUCACUACGGCUCAACCCCUCUCUCUGCAGCGGCUAGGAAAGGUCAUUCUGAUGUUUUGAGAUCGCUCGUAUCUACUGGCUCUAUCGAUAUCAAUUCUACUGAUAACUUUGGUCGGACCCCCUUAUGGUGGGCUAGAAGAUAUGGACAUGCUGAAGUAUUUCAGUUGUUAGUCGAAGUUGGAGACCAAGGCGUGUUCUCGGAUGGGAGUCAGACGGCUGUAGAGGUCAUCACAAAGCGCCAUGAAAAAUUUGCCCAUUAUUGCGAUAUUUGCACCUUCAGCAUUUCAGAGGACAGCAAGUAUUAUCAUUGUUCAGUUUGCAAUGGGGACGAUCUGGACAUUUGCUUGGAUUGUUUCCAUCUCGGCGGCCGCUGUCUAGAGGUGUCGCAUAAACUAACUUUGAGGGAAAGCCAGUAA